AUGGCGGAAACAUAUACAACAAAGGGCUUACCGGAGCCGCCCUCCAUCUCCGUCAAGACGAUCCCUAUGGCGGGCCUGCUCGUCGACGUCUACGGCCUUGAGGAACUGCCUGCCAAUGUCCCAGUCUCAUGUCUCUGGCUGCUUCACCCUAGGACCAGAACACGAGCAAGAAUGCACGAUAUCGCCAAACGUACCAUCUCAGCAUACACGUCACACGCUGGCGAAAACCCCAAGCGGGGUCUCAUCGCUUUGACCUUUGACAUGCCCAAUCAUGGAACCAGACUUGUCAGUGAAGAAGCGAACCAUGCCUGGGAUAAAGGCAAUGUGACGCAUGCUAUUGACAUGUUUGGUAUGGUCAAGGGUGGCGUGUCUGACAUGAGAAAUCUGAUGGAUCUUGUUUCUGGAUAUUUGGGUCGUGAAGUUGACGCUCAUGUUUGUUUGGGAUGGAGCUUGGGCGGACAUAGUGCUUGGCAAGCUUUCUUUGGAGAGAAGAGGAUUGAUGCGGCCGUGGUGAUUAUUGGAUGUCCUGAUUUCCAGAGUCUUAUGAGCGAUCGUGCUGCGCAAGCAAAUCUUGACUGCGGCGUUGAUUUCAUCGGAAGCAAAUAUUUCCCCAAGGAUCUCAUCGGAACCUGUUGCUCUCACGACCCCAAGACAUUACUCUUUGGUACUUCACCCAUCCCAUCUGGAUCUCUAUCAGAUGCCGAGCAGUCUCGCCUACGAGGUAUCUUGGAUGAGCGCAUUAGAGGCAAGAAGUUACUUCUCUGCUCAGGGGGCGAUGAUGCUCUAGUUCCAUAUGCGAAUGCCAAGCCCUUCGUCACGAUGCUGAAAGAGGCAGUGGGUGAGAAGGGUUGGUACCGUGAUGGAGGCGUGGAACUUGAUGAUAGAGUAUAUGAGGGUAUUGGACAUAGAUUCAGUGCUGCCAUGGUGGAGGAUGCUGUGCGGUUCUUGGUGAAUGCUGUUGAGAAAGGACCACGAGGGAAGAGCCAGACAAGAGAAGGAGCGAAGAGCGUUCUAUAG